GUCCCCUGCCCACAUGCUUUGGCUUCAACAGCAAGUUAAAAUCAAUCUCCAAGUCUUUGCUUCCACCCCAAACCACUCACCAACCAACGCAUUAUAUUGUGUAGGCCAAUGCAGGAAUGAGAAGACCAUCACUCCCUCCAUCUACUAAACAAACAAACUCAUACGCUGUUCCUCCUCCUCCACUCUUACUCUGUUAUGCUUCUUAAGCAAGGCAGUUUGAAUGACGGCAAGUUGUGGUCUCCACUGCCCACCUCCUCACAUCUCCAUCCAUGCAAUCCUCUGCUCUACAAAUUUCAAACUUCAUAGCGACAUUGUGUCCCUCGUUCGGUCAUAGGAAAGCAACAGCUCUACUUCUCUGCUCCGCAGAUGGAUUCCACAGAGGAGUGCGCUCUUUCCGAUAAAAUACUAGUUGGUAUUUCACUUGAUGGACGGGCCAGCAACGAGCUUCUUUCAUGGGCUAUUGGAAAUGCAGCUCAUCCAAAUGACACCAUCGUCGCCUUGCAUGUUCUCGUUGGGAAAGGAGAGAAGAAAAUUAGCUCUGACAAGACUACAUUUCGCCAAGCAAAAGCUUUCGUAAUUUCCUUGCUUGGAGAGUUCACCGAUAUCUGCCAAAUUAAGCAGGUGAAGUUGGAGGCAAAAGUCAGAAGCAGCUCGAGCAUUGGAAGGGGCCUUACUGAUGAGGCAGCAUUAAUAGACGCCAACUUUCUUCUUGUUGGUGGCUCAAGGAAUUCAUCUCAAAGAAAUUCAUUUGAAAUCACGAAGUAUUGCUUCAAGUAUGCUCCUAAAGGCUGCUCGGUUAUUGCCGUUGGAAAACAAGGUCUGCCUCAAAAUGACACCGAUUUGGGGUCCCUAACAUGUGAAGGAAACCGAUCAUUGAGCUCUACUUGGAAUACCAAAAACAUCCAUGUUGGUAAGGCCCUGUCACCUCUGCAGAAGUUUUUUGGGUCAAAUCCCAAGAAAGAAAAGAGGCAUUCAUCCUGUGAAAGUAUCUGCGAGAAGAACUCACCGAGAGCUGUUCUGGAUGGACCUGAGGGAGAGAACCAUGCUCGAGAGGAGUGCUUGAGUCCAUCUAGUAAUGAAAAUAGCAGUCGCAGUCACACGAACAUUUGGAGGCGCCUGUCUUUUGUCAAGCUAUUGUUUCCUUUCUUUCGUUCAACAGAAGAAUUGGUUGGAAAGGAGACUGAUGUGUGUUCAACCGAGGCUGAAGACCAAAAGCCUUCUUGGAGAUGCUUUAGCUAUGAAGAGAUUUCCCGUGCUACAAAUAACUUCCAUCCUGACAAUAUGGUCGGUAGAGGAGGAUAUGCAGAAGUAUUCAAAGGAAACCUCCAUGACGGCCAAAGUGUGGCGGUGAAGAGAUUAGCUAAAGGCAACACCAGUGAGAAAAAAGAGAAAGAAUUCCUCACGGAAAUAGGCAUUAUUGGGCAUGUGUGCCACCCAAACGCUGCCUUCCUGAUAGGCUGCUGCAUUGAGAAUGGACUUCAUUUGAUCUUUUAUUUCUCUCCUAAUGGAAGCUUGGCGUCAGCUUUGCAUGGUAAAGAUGGCAAGUUUCUCGAUUGGUCAGUGAGAUAUAAGAUAGCCAUAGGGAUUGCUAGAGGCCUGCACUACCUUCACAACUGCUGCAGGCGCCGAAUUAUUCACCGUGAUAUAAAGGCUUCCAAUGUUCUUCUUGGGCCAGACUUUGAACCCCAGAUUUCAGAUUUUGGACUGGCAAAAUGGCUUCCAAAGCAAUGGACUCAUCACUAUAUCAUCCCAAUAGAAGGCACUUUUGGGUAUUUGGCGCCAGAGUACUUCAUGCAUGGGAUUGUUGAUGAGAAGACUGACGUUUUUGCCUUUGGGGUUCUGUUAUUGGAGAUUGUUACUGGCAGGAGGCCUGUGGACUCAUCGAAGCCGAGCCUGCUCCUUUGGGCCAAGCCACUUAUAGAGUCUGGGAAAAUAGCUGAACUAGCUGACCCAAAGCUUGAAGGUAAAUAUGAUAUGGGUCAGUUGCAGAGAUUAGUGCUUACUGCCUCCUGUUGCGUGAGACAGACAUCUAUCUGGCGUCCAUCCAUGAGUGAGGUACUGCAGCUCCUUCCAGACAGCGAUGACCUGAAAGUGGCACAGAGCUGGAGCGUGCCUGAAAGCCAGAUUGAUGAGAUGGAUGAUUGGAGUUUGGAUACAGACUGCUAUUAUCGCCACUAGCCAUCUGUUCGUAAAUUGAUGGCUGGCCUGGAGUUGGUUUUUUGGGUUUUUUUUUUUUUUUUUUUUGCAGUUGUUUAGAAAUUACUAAGAUUGACUUGUAACUACGUGGUGAACUUGUUUGGUGUUUCUAAAUUAUGGUGAUACGCAUGCCUGUCAAAAGUUUUUAUUUCCAUCUGUUUCAAUGCCAUGUGUUAUGAUUUCGCGACAAAAAAGGUUUCCAUCUGCUACCCUUGGCUGGAGUAAAGUAAGAUAUCAACCCGUGAAGUGAAAUGCAGAUCCAUCAUCCCUGGCAAAUUUCGAAGGUGGCUAAAGACCAUGUAAUGAGGAACAACUUUGGUGCCAUCAAUUUUCUGAAAAAGAAUUUGUGCUAUCAAAGAAGCCAACCAAAGACUCUUGGACAUAUAAUCGAUUAAAGGAAUAAAAGCUGUAUCCAUUAAUUAGCACAAAGAUAUGCAUCAAAGCCAACUGGCCCAAGUUUAAAGAUGCUCCAACUUUAUGUCAUACCAUCCGAUCCAAAACAGUGAGUAGAGAAAGGAGCAACGUUUGUGACACUGUGGGCA